AUGGCGUCGGCAGCGGAGCUCAUGGCCGAGAACGAGCGCAUGGCGCGCGAGAUCCACGCGCUGCUCAGCGCCAACACGACGCUGCAGAAGGAGAUGCUGGCGCUCAACUCGGAGCGCGACGACCUCGAGGCCUCGGGCAGCAAGAAGGUGCAGUCGCUGGCGCAGGAGCUCGAGUCCGUGGGCAAGGAGCUGGCCUCGCUGCGCUCGCAGUGCCAGUCCAUGACCGAGAUCCUUGAGCGCGCGGACGCCGAGAACGACGUGGACGACGAGCCCGUGCCCGUACCGGUGAGCCGCAGACUCUCCACCGCCUUCAACCAGACUGUGCAGCGCGCGAGGGGCAUGUCCAUGCCUCGGCAGCGCCGCUCGUCCACCGUGGACAUGGUCGCGCACGGGCUCACCAAGGCCGCCAGCUACAUGGGCAGCAGGCACAGCCCCGAGGACCAUCGCCGACCCACAAUGAGCAAGGACAGCCCGCCCAUUUUGUCCAACUCCAAGCGCACGACGGACACCACCAAGAGCCUCUUGUUCUCCACACACUCGCACUACGGCAACUUCCGACGACACAGCGGCUUCCGCAAGACUCGCGAGCCAGCAAGCGACCCGGUUGUCGUGCUCUAG